AUGUCUUAUGAGAGCACUGCCUCCCGUCCCCUCGCCACGCCCGACGACAUUGUCUACUUCCAUGACCAGCUUCCCCACCUGCAGCCAUCUGACCCCGCUUUGCCCUCGCACCCACACUUCGACACGUCCUCCCCGCCAGACACCAACGAGUCCGACAGGUCAAGUCCACCGCCCAAUGCACCGGAGCGGCAGAGCAAGUCUCGACGAGAGAAGCCGCGCCUCGAGUUGGCUCCGGAUCAGCCCUUGACCACCCAAGGCCGACCGCGCACUCGAGUGUUCGUCGCUUGCGUGCAAUGCCGCGGCCGAAAAAUUCGCUGUGAUGGCGCGAGGCCUUCGUGCUACAACUGCAGCCGCCGUUCCGACGAUAAUGUGCUCUGCACAUACGACGCAGCGCCCAAGCGUCGUGGUCCAGACAAGACGCCCGGCGCUCGCCAACGGGUAGUGUCAGGCUGUGGCGCCGACCAGGAUCAACCUCGGAGGCGCCGAAGACACCCUCCGGACGUUCCUGUAAAGGUUGAUGGCGAAGAAGCAGCAUCCGGGGCGGUCUCCAACGAAGCAAGUCCUUCCCGGAAGGCCCACUCCGCUACGCCGCCUUUGCCGACGCAUAACUUGUCACCCUCGUUGACAUUGCGGCCUUUACCGUCUCAUUUGGAGAGCGCCGGCUCGAGGGGGGCUUACGCGCGCAGUCAUCAGCUCACUCCCAUCGUCAUCCCCACACCGAACAUUGGUCCUGCACACCAUAGCCCCGAGGGCGUGCUCUACUCGCAGGUGUCGCCCUACACUCCUGUUCCCACGCUCACUUCGCUUAGGUCUUCGCCUCAACGACAACCCCGAUAUGAACCUGAUACUACGGGACUCGGCCACCCAACAAUGGGCUCGGCGUUUCCACUCUCGGUGCCUGGAUCUGCUCUAUCACAUGGUAACGAGGAGGUCGGUCAAAGUACAUCGCUUCCCGCAGAGCCCUCGAUGCGUUAUGCCCAGGAGACCUACUGGGAGGUCGUGUUGAGCUUCUAUUCCACCAACUAUGACUAUCCUCAAGGCCACCCCGGCCCGCUUCCUCCUGGCUUGCGACAGUCAGCGACACACAGGGUCUACGAUGACAUCCGUUUUCUCCUCCAAUACUCGUCUUACUGGCUGUCGUUCCUCAACGUUAACCGUCUGUUACGGAGACUGCAAGAUCCGAUAGAAAGGACGUCGCUGCAGCCCGCGUUUGUCCUGGGUGCGCUCGCGCUGUCGACGUUUCUCCAGAGCUCGGACUCGGAGCACGGCAGCGGGGCCCGGGGGCGCGAGCGCGCGUUGCGGCUGCGCGACGAGGCACAAGGCGCGCUGGAAGCGAGUCUGAGCGCGAGGUGGGUAGACGACAAUCUCGUCCAAGCAAGCUGGGUCAUCGCGUUCUUCGAGGUGUGCGUGCACCCGCUGCACUCGACCGAGCGUGUGCGCGCUGCGCUCGGCAUGCUCGACUCGCUCAUUCGCUGUUUGGCGCUCACGUCCGUGGAUGCGGGCGACCCGCGCGUGAGCACGUUUGUGCAGCGCUCCGCCCCGGUGCUCCCCCUCGCAGGGCGCGAGCGGAGACAUGUCAGUCGGGAGGAGUUUGACGCGGCUCAGCAUCCCCCGCACAGUCCGCCGCCUCCGCGCUUGUUCGGCGAGUGCUGGUGCUCGGCGUACACGCUCGGGCAGAUGUCCCCGGGCACGACGGAGAUUGCGCCGCUGUGGAGCCAUACUCCGGCGUGGGUGGGUGACUGGACGGAGGGCGAUAUUCGCAAGGAGGAGUGCCGACGGUUGGUGUGGAGCACUGUCAUUAUGGUGGCGGGGUAUACGUCGUACAACGCGGCGUACACUAUGCCGCAUGUGGACUUGUUCGUGCUGGACCCUGCAAAUUUUGCUCUUCUUUUGCCUGGGGAGUCGCUGUUCCGGGCGGCAACUCCGGCGUCGAAGGAUUCGGUCUGGGCGCUGUAUAUGCGCUCGUUGUUACUGUGGAAUGGCUGCGUACGCAUGCGCGCCGAUAUGAGCAUGAGUGAUGCGGAGAAGGCUCAGUAUGCUAUGGAUACCUGGAUGGAGAUUGACCGUAUCGAGGAAACGCUCAACUCGCAUACGUGUGAUAUCGAGAGAACUUUCUUGUUCGUCAGCCGUGAUUAUCUCUUCAUUGCUCGCUUAUAUACCUAUUAUGAUUUACAGCGAUAUGCGCCGAACAUCGAGGUCAAUGCUAACAUCAUCCGCUCAAAAGCUAAGGAGUGGCUCACGCAUCAUGAUUCAAUGGCGAAGCGUGCCAUGUACGGGUUACACACGGUGACGGGGCAGCCGACGAGCAGCUUGUCUGGGCGGCCAUUCUACCUGUGGUGGUUCAUGGGCCAUAUCUCAAGGAUGAUCACUAUGUGGACCACCGACAACUCCCUCGUCAUGGCAUUGCAAACUUGCAAAUCUCUGUUCGCCCCUCUUCAAUAUCUCAUGUCACUCUGGCCUUGCGCGGAGUCUACGCGGAGGGCCCAAGAGCUUGAGAAGAGGAUGAUCUCUGCGUGCCAUGCGGCAGGCGUCCCGGCUCCUGCACCGCUAGCCUAUUCGCCCCGGUUUCUAGAUGGUUCGAUCUGA